AUGGAGACCGCAGAGGCAGGCGAGAAGAAGAUGAUCAUGCUCAAGUCGUCCGACGGCAUGGAGUUCGAGGUGGAGGAGGCAGUCGCCAUGGAGUCGCAGACCAUCCGCCAUUUGAUCGAGGAUGACUGCGUCGACAAAGGCAUUCUGAUUCCCAACAUCAACUCCAAGAUCCUCUCCAAGGUCAUCGAGUACUGCAACAAACACGUCCCGACCAUGCCAGGUGUCGUCGCCACUAGAGCCACAGGUGCCGCUGCGUCUGAUAUCGUGGCUCCUGCCGCCCUAGCUGAAGACCUCAAGAUCUGGGACGCAGAAUUCAUCAAGGUCAACCGUGCCACCCGCUUCGACCUCAUCCAGGCUGCAAGUUACCUCAACAUCAAGGGGUUGUUGGACCUGACUUCCCAGAUUACUGCCGAGACGAUUAGUGGCCAUACCCUGGAGGAGAUCCGUGGUUUCUUGAGCAUCAAGAAUGACUACUACUUGCCUGAGGAGGAGGAGGAGGAGACGAUCCGCAGGGAGAACCAGUGGGCAUUUCAGUAG